AUGAGAGUCCGUCUUAUGACCAUUCGGGACGUAUAUUACGUUAAAGAGUGCAACAGGAAAAACCUGUCAGAGAAUUACCAUCUUCUCUUUCUUACGUACAUGGUUACCAUGUAUUCAGAGUCCUGUUUUGUGGCAGAAAACAAAAAAGGCGAAAUAGUAGGAUAUUCAAUUGCAAAGCUAAAGGACUAUCUGGAAAAAGACGAGGUUAUCCCAACAGAUGCCAUCUCUGGAUACAUGCUCUCUGUUGCAGUUGACAAGGCAUACCGAAACAGAGGUCUGGGAAAGAUUCUCUUCGCAGCGGCUCUUCAUGGCAUAAUAGGCGUGCUGCGCAGAAAGACCUCAUCCUUUAAGGUGUACCUCAAUGUGCGCCCAACCAACCUAUCAGCAAUAAACAUGUACGAAAGCACCUUUCAUUUUACUAAAGAAAAUGAAGAAGAAAGCUACUAUGCAGACAAAGAAAAUGCUUUUCUUAUGAGCAGAGUUUUUAGCAUAGAUGAAGGCAAAUGA